GCUGUUUGCCAAAAGCAAUGGCAGGCGGAAGAAGAAGAAGAAGAAGAAGCGGACGUUUACGAUAUACUUUUGGAAUAUAGGAAGAAAGCUGAAAUGUCUCACGUUAAGGAGUAUCUGGACAAAGUGACGCGCAUUUAUGAACGCUACACCGAGUAUGUGAGGAGAAACCCAGCUGCCACCGCGCAGCUGGAGAGUACCGUGCGCACUCUCUCUUACCUGCUCGCAGGGAGAUUUACAGAUUCCCAUGAAAUAUCUGAACUAGUGUACUCUGCCUCCAAUCUCCUGGUGCUAUUCAAUGACCACAUUCUGCGCAAAGGGCUGAGAUGUACCUUCCCUGUGUCCAUCUCUCAACAGAGGCUCCUGACGUGGCUGUCUGUGCUGGAGUAUGUGGAGGUCUUCCUGGAGAUGGGGGCCUGUAAGCUGUGGGGUGAAGUUGGACGAUGGCUUGUCAUUGGACUUAUUCAGAUUUUUAAGGCAGUUUUUCGGAUUGUGCUUCUUCUGUGGUACAAAUCUGGCAUCCAGACUUCACCUCCCAUAAUCCCCCUUGACAGAGGUGGAGACUUUGCUGGUGAAGAUGAAAGUAACACAGAGCAGCAGGAAGACACCUGCUUUGUGGGCCAGAGGUCAGGACGAGUCAUUAGGCCGCUCGGCAGUGCUCCCUCGCUGCAGACCCGGCUCUGGGGAGCACAGAGUCACAAAAAGCAAAGGAGCAGCUUAAAGGAAACACUCAACAGCCAACCAACACCUCUGGGGCUCCAAGAGACAAUUGCUGAGUCUGUGUACAUCGGACGACCCCUGGCGCACUUACUCUGCCUUGGACUCUUUGGAAAACAGUCUUGGAAGCCAUGGCUUAUCUCUGGAGUCCUUGAACUAUCCAGCUUCGCUGCGCUCAGCGACAUCAAAUUUCAAAAUCGAUGGGAGAGGGCCGAGAUGAGGAGGAGAGCCUUUCUGUUGUUCUACUACCUUCUGCGUUCCCCCUUCUAUGACAAAUACUCUGAGGAAAAGAUUCUGUUCCUGCUCAGACUUUUGGCUGAUCAUGUUCCAGGAGUCGGGCUUGUGGCACGUCCUCUGAUGGGUUAUCUCCCCACCUGGCAGAAGAUCUACUUCUACAACUGGGGCUAAAACCUGCACUCGGAUCUUUGACGUUUGCUAAUCAGCUGGAGAAACUGCACAAAGGACCCAUCAGUUGCCAGGAUGGAACAGAGACACAGACUCUUGCAAUAAUUCCUCAGAAAUCAGAUAAAAUGAUUGGAAAUGACUGGCCUGCAGUGAGGGACAAAAAUGAAAUCAUUACAGUUAUAAUUAAAAUCCCAGCGCUCAGCAAGUUUUUUGGUACACAAAAUAUGUCCUAAAUCUUUGCAGUGUAGACACACUAUGAGCCUGAUUUAUAGCAGAAUCUCUUUGUGAACUCCGCCCAUCAUUGCACUGCUUUAUCUGUCAAUAACAGAUGAUGUAUUUCAGCAGCUCGCUGCAGAGAGGAAGGUGGACCCAUGUAAAUACAGUGAGCCUACACGUUAUACAGGUUAAAGCAAAGCAUGUCUUCAUAAUACAUGAACUCAACACAAUUGCUCUCAUUUGCUGACAGUCUGCAUGCACAAAUAUAAUUUGUUAUUAUUGUUCUUGCUUUUUGGUAAUUUAUAGAUUUCCAAAUGCUCAAAAUUACAGUUGAAUAACCGACUGGCAGGUUAGUCUGAGGUUAGCUGCAUUUUUUCCUGUUUCUUGUGGUCUUUUUCUUUUUUUCUUAUCAACAUUAAAAUCCCAAAUCUGAAUUAUUCCAGCUUUUUUUUUUUUACCUUUUAGAUUUAAAAACAAACACUGAAGCAACACUUUGGAAGAAAACCACAGAUGAUAAAUUCAGCAGGUUUUUCUUUUUGUGGAAAGCAAAAAAAAGUCAACCCUGUUGUAAUUAGGUGAAAUGUGGAUGAUAAAUUACAUGGAUAGAUAUCAGUUGAACAGUGAUGAAAUUUGAUUAUUUAUAACAUUUGAAUCAAACUGUGUGAUUAAUAGUAACAGUCGGCUAACAAACACUUACGUACGCUAAGGAUGAGCUGAAGCAACAGUAGUUUAGAAACUAUUAUAAGGCUUAGAGCUUGUAAUACAACAGCAUAAACCUUGCAUUGAACAACAGACGUCUGUUCUGGUCAUUCUUCAGAUUUUCCACAAAUAGAAUGGAUUCAUAUCCACAGUAAUCAUGUUCCCACCAAACAACCUCCAGGGCUGGAAGAUGGGAGCUAAAUCACUUGUACCAGAACCAGUUCACUUUAAUUCAGGUUUAUUUAUAUAGCACCAACUCACCUGAGAGUGUUUGAUACUGAAGCACCUACAAUGUUAGACAGUUCAAUCACACAGCUCCCUAUGAGAAAGUGUUGGGUGAGGAAGGAAGUACUCAGUUUUAACUGGAAGACACCAACAGCAGAACCAGGCUGUCCAGUCCAAACUGCAUGUUUACAGCCUGCAGCACAGUUUGAGUUGCUGGACUGAAAUAGGCUGACUUCAAUUUCUUUGCAUUAAAAUCUGUGGGGCGUCCCCACUUUUUUCCCACUUUUGGAUCAUUUUCAUUUCAAGUCUGCUUUUAUAUAAAAAUGUGUGAAUGUUGCACAGAGUAAAAUCUAGUACGGCAGCAACCACAGGUUUGGGUGUUUGUGAGAAAGUUGACGUCAGUGAAAACAAAGCAGAGGUUUUUGAUCUUUAUUAACUGUUUCUUUUUGUAACCUACAAAUAAAUAGCUUUGAAUGUUU